UUCAAUUGAUGGAAAUUUUGGAAUAGAACACAAACAAAAUAAUAAUGUAUUGAUAAGAAUAAAUAGAGACUUUAUACUUGAUGUUUGUGUCUGUACGGUCUAUACUAUACCUACGAGUGUGUGUCGUUUGUGACAUUCUUAAUUCUAAUAUCUCUAUAACACCUAUUUAGUUUGUGAUAAAUAACUCAAAGUUCAAACUUCGUGGUUAAAAUCUUAUAAACUUAAAGUUUUAAACUUAAUAUUUAUUAUCUUAUAUACAUCUAAAUUUUUAUUGUUUAAUAAGCUUUUUGCGAUAUUUGUUUUUAUACGUAAACAAAUAAUAAUGCCGAUAAAAUUAUAUUAUGACCUUAUGUCGCAACCUUCUCGGUGUCUUUAUAUUCUUUUUAAAUUUAUAAAAUGUGAUUUCGAGUCAAAAUAUGUGGAUCUUCGCAAAGCUGAACAUUAUACAGAAGAAUAUGCUAAAAUUAAUAGAUUCCAAAGAGUGCCAGUCAUUGAUCACAAUGGAUUUGUUUUAACAGAAAGUGUUGCUAUACUCAAAUAUCUCUCUCGAGAAGGUAUUAUACCAGAGAAUUUAUAUCCAAGAGAAUCUAAAAGACAAGCUCGCGUCGAAGAGUUUUUGGAGUGGCAACAUAUGGAGCUAAGAUUGCCUUGUGCUUUCUAUUUUAGGACCAAAUACCUAGAACCCGUCAUGUUUGGCACAAAACCAUCUCCACAAAGAAUAUCAGGUUUCGAACAACGUAUGGAACAAGCGUUAACUAACUUCAGUACUAAAUGGUUAGGCCGCGGCAGCGAUUUCGUCACAGGCGACGCUGUAACUGUGGCAGAUUUGAUAGCGAUUUGCGAGUUGGAACAACCAAGAAUGGCCGGCUAUGACCCUAGAGAAAAAUUUCCCGUAAUUAACGAAUGGUAUCAGAAAGUACGCAACCAUUUCAACCCGUACUACGAUGAGGCUCAUGUUAUUGUUAACAAAGUCAUCGCUAAACAAGCGAAAUUGGCUUCCAAACUCUAGUCCGUUUCAACGUUUCUGCAAGUACAUUCCAUACAUUUUGUAUGUAACUUGUAUAAAUAUAGGGGAAUCAAUCGUGUAUUAUGUAGGUAGUAUAAGCUUUGGGAUAAAGUUUUACAAUUAAGUAAACUGCUAAGUAGAUAUAGUUUGACCGUUAGGGUCUUAAAAUCUACUCGCAUAAUGGCUCUUUCACACGACACCGCAGCUAUACAACGACGCUGCUUUUUUAUUUAACUAAGUACAUUUGGCAUCAAACAAUUUGAUCAAAAUAAAAUAGAGUGUUCUAUUUUGAGAUGCUAUAUCUCUAAAAGUGUUCCUAAAAUUUAAAUUUUGAUUUGGAAGGAACUUCACCAAGAAAUGAAAUGAAAUGAAAUGAAAUUUAUUGCGAUGAAUGUGGUAAGUUUAUGUAACAUUAUACAUUUUGUGUAACCAUGACAUUCAGCCAGCUUGGCAUGCGACAUUUUAUAUGUAUUAUUAAUAAUCAACUAUUAAUUAGAAGUCAUAUUACUAAAGCCACAUUGAAGUUCAAAUUAUUAUUGUAAAAUUUUACAUGCAUGUCAUUAUUUUUCAGCAGGUUACGUCCGUCAUACAUUUACAAAUAUGUGUUGCAUACAAUAUUCUACAUUCUAGAUUCAAUUAUAUAAUGUCGUCCAUUUUACUUGCAAAAUAAUCUUUCAGUGUAUAAAAACAUUUUGUAAUUAACCAUUUACAUAAAAUGACUUUAAACUUUUUAAAUACAGAUCAGUAAGUGAAUUUGGUAAUUUAUUGUAAAUUCUUAUACACGAUGAGUAACUGUUACUAUGAUAUAGACGUGUUUUUAUGUUUGGUAGCUUAAGCCUUCCAGGAUGUCUAAUAGUGAAUUUAUAGAAGUCAUCUUUUUUUGCAAAUAAAUAAGAAUGUUUUUUUCACAAAGAGGCAACACUCCAAUAUGUAUAUUGAUGGAACCGUGAGUACUUUCAGUUGCUUAAAUAGUGGCGUACAAGGUGUCAUAGGUCGCUUAUUACAGAUGGCACGGAUACAUUGUUUCUGAGUUAUAAACGCUCUGUUAAUAUUUACCGAAUUUCCCCAUAAAAAAGGCAAAAUAAGACUAAUGUGUUACGGAUCACCGUGAAUUUUUAUUGUAUUAAUUCCGACUUAAUUUUAUAAUAAAAUUAGUGUUAAAGAAUUCGCUAUAUUGUCAAAAGGAAAAUAUUAAUUUAAUGUAAAAUUAUUUCUGUACAUGUAACAUGAUAUAAAAAAAUUUUCAAGUUAUUUGGUAUCUAUAUCAACGUAGAUACACAAAUCUACAUAACUUGAGAUAUUUUAUGUUUACCGAUAUAUAACGGUGGCACCAGCAUCCUUUGUUGCUAUCAAAUUACUAGUUUUUUCUGUCGUACAUUAGAGGCAAAAUAAUUAACAAAUCUUGAUUUCAGCGCCAUCUAGUCUAAUUUGGUCAUGUGAAAAUCCCUUAAGUACGGGAUUAACUUUUAUUGUGCAUAUAUUGUAUCAGAUAAACGGUACUGUUUGAAAUUAGAAGGUACUUCUACUGGGGAUUAUACAUAAAGAUAAAUUGUUAUUGCAUUUUAUCAUAAUUACAUAACAGAUAAUAUUUUUUACAUUUGUUACAUAAAUGUUAUUCAAUAAAUUUUUUAUUCUUGUA